AUGGAAACAGAAAGUAAGCAAAAGAGGAAAGGUUCUGAAGAGGAUGGCAAAAUUCGUCUUACUCCAAUGGAUCCCAUCUCUCAACUGUCUGAUCAUCUCAUUCAUAAAGUCCUAUCUUUCCUUGAAACAAAAUAUGCUGCACGGACCUCUGUGUUGUCCAAGGCAUGGAACCGCAUCUGGCUUACAUUCCCAAUAAUCAACAUCAACGUACACUACAACCAUUACAUUCAAAACAAUCACCUCCUUGAGUCCUCCCAGGAAGAGUUUCUGAGUCUAGUAGAUGAGUCACUGCAGCGACGCUUCCAAGAAAACUUCAGUGUGUCUGUAUUUAGUAUGUUGAUCUCCCUCCCAAGCUUGGAAUUGGUAGCCCCUCACAUGGACUGGUGGCUAGGCAUUGCACUUGAAAGGAAUGUCCAAAAAAUGGUCUUGAUAUUCUGUACCGAUGCCCAUAGACUGUAUCAUGUUCGUGUGCCUCAUGCAGUCAUGUCUGCAACAUCGCUCAAUGUUCUGGAGUUGCAAAAUUGUACAGUAGACGGAAAUUGUAACAUAAAACUCCCUCAACUUUGCAUGUUGACUCUAAGAUAUGUCCGCCUAUUAGAUGAAAAGAUGCUUUCAGAUCUUUCCUUCAACUUCCCUAUCAUUGAAGAUUUGGUCAUCAGAUCCAGCAAAGGACUCAACAGCGAUAUUGAUAUUGAUGUCGGCCUCGCUGCUUUUAUUGGUCUCAAAGUAUUAAAACUGCAAGAUGCCAUGAUCACCGAUGAGAAAUUUCAAAAUCUUAUGUCCAAACUCCCAUGCCUUGAGGAUUUGGAAUUGAUUUGGUGCGGAAGUUUGAAUAGAAUUAGGAUUUCAAGUCAAAAAAGGCCUUCAGAAACUGAAGUUGGAAUUCUGUAA